AUGAAGAAAGAGUUUGAAAUGAGUUUGAUUGGAGAGUUGACUUACUUUCUGGGGUUUCAAAUCGAGCAAUCUAGUAAAGGUAUAUAUGUCUCACAAACCAAGUAUGCUAAAGAUCUAGUCAAAAGAUUUGGCAUGGACGGCAAAAGUCAUGCUCGCACUCCCAUCAGUACAAGUGUCAAGCUAAGUACCGAUAUGGUUGAAAACUCAGUUGAUCAAACAAUGUAUCUGAGCAUGAUCGGUAGCCUUCUAUAUCUCACAGCCAGCAGACCAGAUAUAUCAUUCAGUGUGGGGGUGUGUGUAAGAUUUCAAGCAAAUCCAAAGGAAUCCCACAUGAUAGUAGUCAAACGUAUACUCAGAUAUACAAAUCUAGAACUUGCAGGGUACUCCGACGCUGACUAG